AGCGAAUCAGGCAACUGUAGAAUUCAACACGGCUGCCUUGCACUGUCAGUAGGGGAGUUGUUUUCAACUCAGAAGCGGAGAGCUUUUCACUAUCGAAAUCCAGAGAGAAAUACAAUUUCGUAGUCUGGGCCUCUCAAGCAGACCGCAAUGGCUCAGUGCGUACAGUCUGUGCAGGAGUUCAUCCAGGACUCGUUUGUUCCAAUGGUGGCUGUCCUGUGCAGCGAAGAUGCGGAAAAAAUUACUCGUAAAAACAACCUUAAUUUCUCGGAGCUGUUAAGACCUUUCUGCCGGUUAACCUCCGAAGGUCACAUGAGGGACCCUAACAACCAGGUGCAGGUGGUGAAGAACCUUCGCAUCAGUGUAAACAAUGUGGUUACACGCCCGUCUGUCCCCACCUCCGGCGUCCAUAGCCCCGCCCAGCGACGGCUCCUCAGCGAGGUGGUGUCGGCGAACCAACCAGCAGAGGGGGGUGUGGCCAAUGUCAUCACCGCUGGAGACUAUGACCUUAAUAUUAGUGUGGACCUUGCUUGGAUCAAACAGCCUCCUCUAACCCUAACCUACAAUCGCUCUGUUAAAGCUAGCGUCCCCUGGUACAGUGACUGGAGGGACACACUAACGGAACUCAGCACCUCCAAGCAUUAUACAGCCACGACUCCCUGGUUUGAGGCGUACAGGGAGAGCUUCCUCCAGUCAAUGCCUGCCUCCGACCAUGAGUUCCUCAACCACUACCUCGCCUGUCUGUUGGUGGUGUCGUCCAGUGAGGCUGUACCAGUGGAGCAGUUCCUCAAGCUGUCUCAGGAGCAGCACAUGAUCCAACACAAUGGAGAGUACACCAACCCCAAGUGGUUCAUCCCCAACACACUCAAAUACUACGUCCUCCUGCAUGACAUGAGCCAGGGGGACGAACAGAGAGCUGACUCUGUGUAUGAGGAUAUGAAGCAGAGGUAUGGUUCUCAGGGUUGUUACCUUCUGAAGAUCAACUCUCGUACAGCAGCAGCAGGAACAGAUGAACAGAUACCGGACCCAUGGAGCCAGUACCUUAACAAGAGCAGUCUGCAAAGCCAGGAUCAGUCUGAGGAGCCAGCCCCAACCCCUGUAGUGGUGAACAACACGGCUGUAGAGAACAACAUAGGAGGAGCACCCGAGAUGGACGGAGCACCAGAGAUGGACGGACAUGACUCAGCAGAGAAUGACGGAGUCUUUGUAAACAGUCUGGACAACACCCACCCUCUCCAGCUGGAGACUGCCAUUGACAUGCCCGGUAGCCUGGACUCCCUCAGGGCCGUCGCCUUGGAAACCAAGACUACGACAGUCUACACAGGAGUGGCGGCGGGCACCAGCCAUGGGGCAUGUCUUACGCUGAAUGACCACAACCGCCUAAGACUAUUCAUCCAGGAAUUUACCUUCAGGGGACUACUACCUCACAUAGAGAAGAACAUCAGACAGCUCAAUGACCAGCUGGUCUCCAGGAAAGGCUUGAGUCGCUCUCUGUUCUCAGUCACUAAGAAGUUGUUUGGAGGAGGGAAAGUUCCAGAGAAGAGUAUCGCUGAGCUGAAGAACACUUCCGGCCUUCUCUAUCAUCCAGAAGCCCCUGAGCUGCAAAUCAGGAAGAUGGCUGACCUGUGUUUCCUGGUUCAGCACUAUGAGCUGGCCUACAGCUGCUACCACACGGCCAAGAAGGACUUCUUAUCUGACCAGGCCAUGCUCUAUGCCGCUGGAGCGCUGGAGAUGGCAGCAGUGUCUGCGUUUCUCCAGGGUGGGGCUCCACGGCCGUAUCCAGCACACUAUAUGGACACGGCAAUUCAGACCUACAGAGAUGUGUGCAAGAACAAGGUCCUAGCUGAGCGUUGUGCUCUGUUCAGUGCUGAGGUACUGAAGAGUCAGGCCAAGUACUCUGAUGCUGCUACCCUCCUCAUCAAGAUGACCAGUGAGGAUUCUGAUCUGUGUUCUGCCCUCCUAUUGGAGCAAGCAGCCCACUGCUUCAUUAACAUGCGAAACCCCAUGGUUCGGAAGUUUGCCUUCCACAUGAUCCUGGCAGGACACCGCUUCAGCAAGGCAGGACAGAAGCGUCAUGCGUUGCGGUGUUACUGUCAGGCCAUGCAGGUGUAUAAGGGUAAAGGCUGGUCCCUGGCUGAGGACCAUAUCAACUUCACUAUCGGCCGCCAGUCCUUUACGCUGCGCCAACCAGAGAACGCUGUCUUAGCCUUCAGACACAUCCUCACCAACGACAGCCAGCAGACCGCCACACAGCAGGGAGCCUUCCUCCGGGAGUACCUCUAUGUCUACAGGAAUGUGCCAGGGGUGUGUGAGGUGGCACUACCCCAGCUGCCCCUACCCUGCAUCAACAGCUCUGCUACCAGGGUCUACUUCGGCCACGAACGCCGCCUGGCAGAGGGUGAGAAGCAGGCUGCCACCCAUGUGUCCUUGGACCAGGAGUUUGACCAGGACCUAGCUGCCGUGUGGCAGGACCUCGAGGAACAGGUGGUUGCCGCCGCCAACCGUGGGGUUGUCCCGUCAACGUUCUACCCUACCCAGUGCUGCCUCAACAGUCAGACGGACAAUCUCCACUUCCCGCUGGCUGUAGUAGAAGAACCCAUCAUAGUUGAGGUGGCGUUCCGGAACCCUCUAAAGGUUCCGCUGGUUCUCUCAGACCUCUCGCUGCUCUGGAAGUUCACGCUCAAAGACUUCUCUCGACCACAACCGCAGGACGUCAUGGUUGGAGACGCUGUCACCAUCACCAAUGAGAAGGAAGCCAUCGCUCCCAGGACAGUGCAGAAAGAUGGCAUCAUCACCACAGAAGUCAUCCCAGAGUUCUUCAUGAGCCCCGAGGAGACAAGAGUGGCUCGUCUGAAGCUGCUUCCUCGCCAGACUGGUCAGCUCACCAUCCUGGGUCUAGUCUAUAACCUGGCCUCCACCCCUUCUACUGGAGAGACUACUAUUAACAGCAACAGUUUCUCGCAGAACCAAGGUCCCUCAGCGACUGCGGGGACAUUGGUUCGUGGUCGACAGGACCUAGAGAUUCAGGGACCGCGGUUAAACCAGACCAAAGAGGAGAAGACCUCUGUCAGCCACGGUCCUGACCGACGUCUUGACCCCACCAUCACCCCUCCCAUGCCCCUGCUGGAGGUAUUCUUCCUCCAGUUCCCUACUGCCCUACUAUGCGGUGAAAUCAGGAAGGCCUACGUAGAAUUCUGUAAUGUGAGUCACGUUCCCCUGUGCGGCCUGCGGGUGGCGUCCACGCACCCAGACUUCUUUACCUUCGGAAGCUCCUCCCUAGCCACACCCCUCACCCCCCUCAGCCCCUCCUCCUUUGAGAACUGCUCUGCCUACAAGACCCUGGCCACACCCCCAGGAGCCACACCCGGGUCGGUAACCGCGGUAACGCUAGUGUCGGCGGCUGACUUUGGGUCGGGAGGAGGAGUAGUGUCUGGUACGGGGGGUAAAAGGGUAGCAGAGAUUCCUCUAGGAGAGGGAACGCUAACGCCUGGAGAAUCUACCCAGCUGCCCCUGUGGCUAAGAGGACCAGACCAGGAAGGAGUCCAUGAGAUCAACUUCCUGUUCUACUACGAGGGCGCCGAGAAAGGAGGAAAGAUCAGUCACAGGGUGCUGCGUCACACAGUAUUUAUCUGUGCCAGUCGUUCUCUGUCGGUCCGGGCCACCGCCUGCCAUAGUAACACACUGCCCGAGGAGGAGGGGAGGAAUGGCAGCAUGCUGGUCUUUGUCGAUGUGGAGAACAUCAACACAAGUGAGGCUGGGGUGCGUGAGUUCCACAUUGCACAGGUCUCUAGCAGCAGUAAACAGUGGAGACUACACAAGUGUAUAAACCCAGCAGAAAACAAAGACUGCAAACUCACCACCAGAGAGAGGGGCAAGCUGUGCUUCAGAGCAACACGAUGCAAACCCCACGAAGCUACCUCAAAGUCACUAGAGAAGUACACCUUUGCAGACCUGAGCCUUGGAAAUGAACAGAUCAUCAGCUCCACCACUCCGUGUGCAGACUUCUUCUUCCGGAGGUGUCAGCCCUCGGAAUCUUGGAGACCGCUUAUUGCCGUGGAGACACAGGGGAGACAUUCCAGGAGUCAGGGGGCGGGUCCUGGGGGUGGGGCUGCGGAUAUAACAGGUGUGGUCAGGAAGUGCAACGAGGUGGACCUCGACAUCAUCGUCCUCUGGAAGGCAUAUGUUGUUGAAGACAACAAGCAGGUGAUCUUGGAAGGACAGCUUCAUGUGGCACUACAGACCAUUGGCAAAGAGGCCUGCUCCCUCAGACAGAAAGAGGAGGCUCAAGAGAUGGUGCUGCUGAAGUUUAAACCAGAGCUUCCUCCUCCUAUAACACGGCCCUCCAUGGAACAGCUCUCCCACCUCAUCAAGACCAACCUGCACUACCCCGAAAGCUACAGCCACUCCUUCGUACAGAAGAGUCUCUGUAUGGUUCCAGUCAUUUUGACUCUAUCUAACUGCUCCCUGGCUCAAGUUGAUGCCAUCAUUGACCUUCGACACAAAACUACCAGUCCUGAGUCUCUUGAGGUGCACGGUUCAUUUACAUGGCUGGGCCAGACUCAAUACAAGCUGCAGUUGAGGGCACAGGAAGUGAUGAGGCUGCCGCUGAGAGCCGGCUUCCUGCAUGCGGGCGUCUAUAACCUGGGAACUGCACGGGUCUUCGCCAAGCUGGCGGACCAGGGAGCCAUGUGUGAGACCAGCCAGCAGACGGCCACGCCUGCACUAAUCAUCAUUAACAGCACCUGAACAUUGUCCUGCCCCCCAUCAUCAACUAUGAAUUAACCACCAUCUGUCAAUCAUCACUACUAAGACUCCCCAUUGGUUGGCAACAACAGGGUUGAGAGCUCAGAGACCCACCCAGCAAGAAAUAUCUUCCAAAUCCCACAUCACCCGCUCUUUACGAUCAACAAUGCUUGAACACUGGGCUGUCUUCAUUAGGCAUAAACCUGAAGAAAACAGGGAGGGACUACUUGAAAGGCUAUUUUUCAUUUUCUGUUGCAACAGGUUUUACUACAGUGUGUGCCCUAAUGAUUAGGAUCCUAAUUCUGCCUGCCCGCCCACCCAACAAUAACCAAUGAACAAUUAUCUGCAAAUCACCACUACCAAGGCUCCCCAUUGGUUAAGAAACUGUUGAAAGCUCGGAACCAGCUACCAAGCAGAAAUAUCUUUCCACCAAGUCUCAAAUCAUCCACUCCACUCCCUAAAAAUUUGACCCAUUUUUCCAAACUAGUACACUCAAUACUGGACUAAGGAAAGCAGUUUUGAUGUAAGAUGUAUUUAAAAAAAUAUAUAAAAUGUUUGAAUGGAAUUGGGCAUCAAUUGAGCUUGUAACCACUGCGAUGGUCAGACUGUUGUUAAAUAAACCCCCCAGUAGCUAUGUUAUGUCCCAGCAACAAAGCAAAGCAUCAUGGACUUACAUGUGGAAGAAGGAUCUGUUUUCUCUCUGUGUAUUAUUCCUCUGUCAUCUCAGCUGAUGCACUUUGGUUUUGACCUUUUUUAUUUGAUGAAAUUGACCUGUGAACGGGGAGGAGAACAGACAUGCUGUUGCCGUCUGAGUUUACAACAUCUUGUCUCCUACGACACUGGCGUCAUUUGUCUACCGCCAGAGAUUUAUUUUUAUUUUUAGUGUUGAAAAACUAAUCGCAUGUUGUUGAGCAGUUGUCACCGUGGCGACAGAUGUCGUUUACUUCUUGGAUUAACCAGGAUGAGAAAGUAGGAAAAACUGCCUCUGCCUCAAUGAGACUGACCAUGACCAGGGUUUUCUGUUGUGUAGUCACAUGGACCAGACCAUCAGCGCAUCACAAACAUUUUAGAAUAUGACCCAGCGUUUAACCACUAUACUACAGUAUGUGACUGACAAACAAACUGACUGAGAGGUUCUAAUACAGAUACUGCCUGCCCGCCUGUCUGUGAGCCUGUCUGUGAGCCUGUAGUCCAUCUGGACUGACCGUGCUGUCAGUCACCACGUGCACACAUUUAGUUUUCUACAAAACAAACAAACCAACGUAUGAACCAGUAAAGUCAACAUGAUCCCUAUACAUCUCCCUCAUUGGACCUCCACCUUCUGCUCAAGCUGUUAUUUAAAUGUAUGUAUUUACUCAAAUGCUUUUCAGAUGAUGUAUUAUAUUUAUAACAAAUGUACUGUAAAUAGAAAUAAAAAUGUAACCAAUGAUGUGGGCUGUGAGAAAGUAA